UCAAAAAAUCAUGCCAUCUUUAAAAAACUGAAAAUACAUUAUUGCAACGGACAGUUAUAAUAGGAAUAUCUACAGCAUUACACCGAAUGGACUGAGGUCUUUUACCAGCGAAUCAUGUACUCUAAUGGCAAUCUCAGUGGACGAAGAGGGCUAUACAGGGCGGAUAGAGAGGUGGAAUAUAUGAGAUCAAAGUAUCCCGACCCCCGUGACUUUCGAUCCCCUCCCUCUGAGCAGUAUGAGUCAUUAGGUAGCCGUGCUCUAUUUACAGACGGAGUUCACAGACCCUACAGUAUAGACCCCCCUGUGGACUAUGGAGAUAGGAGGGAGCAUGGCGCUGACAAUAGGUCUGACGAUGAGGAUGAUGGUUCUUUUGCUAACUCUAUGGAGAAAAGAAAAUCCCUUCGGAAGCUCCUCGGACGUUUUGCUGAUAAAACAGCCAUGCAAGGGGUUGGGUAUAUAAACUCUGCAAGAUUCUGGUAUUCAAAAGCUAUAUGGGUGUUCCUACUUCUGGUGGCGUUUGGUUGGAUGAUAUUUCAUCUCAUCUACCUCAUAUCUCAGUUUUUGGAAUUGCCCGUUCAGACCAAAAUUUCUUUGGGAUUCAAUAGUCUUCAAUUUCCAGCCGUCACAGUGUGCAAUAUGAAUGUUGUCAAAAAAUCAGAACUCCAUACUACAUCUAUUGGAUUGCAAAAUCUUGUCGCCAUCACCGAUCCGAGUCGAUUUGAUCCCAGGAAAAAAAUUCCAAAGCCUCCCGGACCAAUGCCUCCGCCGGGGCCUGGUGGUAAGAAGAGGAAGAAAAGAUUUGUUGAAGAUUUCGAGAAUUUCAAUUUUGACAACCUAACGGACUAUGGAGACUAUUAUGAUGACCCCAGUUAUAGGGACGAAGGGUUCAAGGACGCUAAGAGGGAUGACCUUUACAAGGUGGAGAACACAUUUAAAAAUCUCUAUCUGGCAAUGCCAAGGAUGGUCAGAGUCAAUGCUGGACAUCAGAUACGAGACAUGUUGUUGGCCUGUUCCUUCAACGGCUACAAAUGCUUUUCUGCGAAUUUCACAUUGGUAAAUACUCCAGAUUAUGGAAACUGCUUCACAAUACAGUCUACCACGUUUGUUUCAAAGAAUCCUGGCCCAUCUUCUGGGUUGACGCUGAUAUUUUAUACUGAAAAUGAAGAGUUUCUGCAGGGAAUAAGUCAGGGAUACGGAAUGCGUUUACAGAUCCACGACGUUGGUUCCUUUCCUAUGCCAGCCCAAGAGGGAAUUUUCAUUUCAUCCUCAUUUGAAACACACGUUGGUUUACGUUUGACUGAUAUAACUCGCAUUACGCCGCCUCACAGAAAAUGCGAAGAUGGCAUAAACUUUAAGGCAAAAAACAAAAUAGAAUAUUCAAGAUCAGUGUGUCGUAUUUUCUGCGAGCAGUCAGCCAUGUUGAGUGAAUGUAGUUGUUAUUCCCAUGAAUACAAGGAGUUCUUUCAUUUUACCAAUAACACCAAUAAAAAUAAAUGGUGCCGGACACAAAAAGAAAUUCAAUGCGUUGCAAAAAUUACGAGUGAAUUUAAUACGCAGCAGAGGAAAUGCUCCUGUCUAAAUCCAUGCAAGGAGAAAAAGUAUUCAUUAUUUCCAAGCAGCCGACAAUGGCCGACAACGGAAUACGCUACCACUUUGAUGCAAGGGUUAUGUGAAGGGUUUCCCCAGAAGUGUGAGAGAAUUGUCAACUUAAGUGUUGAUCCCCGAUCUCUGGGAUUAAACUUUUUGAAAGUAAAUAUUUAUUAUGAAGAUCUCAACUACGAGGAAUUCCAAGAAGAACCGGAAAUAGCGACAGCCCAGUUUGCGUCAGAUGUUGGCGGAGCUAUUGGUUUGUGGAUCGGUCUGUCUAUUUUAGCUAUCUUCGAAGUAGUUCAAUUUUUUGUCGAGCUCUGUGCAUACGGGGUACACGCUUGGCGAUUCAGUAAUAGGAAAGCAAACGAAGAAGAAAAGCGGAAACAUAAAGAGCAGAUUAAGAAACAGAACGAAUACAGUACAAAAAGAAAUGUCGAUAUUGUGGGAAAUCAUAAGGAAUACAAUCAACAUUGGAAUUCAAGAUUUGAUAUGUAUUAACAUCUAUAACUUUCGUUUCGAAGUUUAUUUUUUCUGUUGUUUUUAUGAAAUAUGUUUAAACGAUUGUAAAUGCAUAUUUUUCCUCAACUCUUGAAUCAAAUGUUACUACGAAAGUUUGAACCAUACAGUUUGGAAACAUGUAUUUAUUUUUUGAAGUUUGAUUUUCUAUGCUGUAAUUUGCUGUAAAUUCCCCAUAUGUUGAAAAAAAUAUAAUUUCAUUUUAACUUAUGCCAGUGGCAGGUUAACAAUAAUCAAGAGGCUGGUAGUUAUCAUUGACAUUACUCGUGAUAUCGUAUGACAUUUCAAGAAGUUCUAUACAAUUUUCAUAUAACUAUUCAUUGUAUGAAACAACAAACAACUCACCCCUUCAGGUCGGUAAAUAUUGCAAGUAAAUAACCAUACUGGCCUAAUAUACAUAAAAGACAAUGAUUAUAUAUAUAUAUAUAUAUAUAUAUAUAUAUAUAUAUAUAUAUAUAACAUUUUUAAUACAUUUACGCAAAACAUGACAAGCAAUAUUUUGUUCCUUUUACAUUCUUUUUCAAUAUACAGAACUUUCAAGAUUUUUGAAAUUCUAUACUGUG